AUGCCGAUUGCGUUUCACCGCUCCAACUUGAAUGAAGACCGGAAGCGGCACGUGUAUAUCAUUGCGCGCCUCCUGCACUCGAGCGCGUCCAAGACGGCUCUGCCCGUGCAAAUGGUCGCGAAGAAGCUUCUCGGACUCGCGAUCAAGAUGGAAGCCCAACUCUUCGUCAUGACGCAUGGCCGGGCUCUAAGCGAAGACGCAAUUCGUCGCCACUUGCUGUACCUGGCGGGCCGCGCGUUUCGAACGCGCUUUGAGAACCGCGCGGAUCGAGCCUACUAA